CUACACUCACCCAUCAUACAAGAUACGCAAUCACCCAUCAUGUCACACCAAAUCAACAACCCCCACAUUCCAUCGGAACUCCGCAUUCAAAUCAUAAGAUCAUACAUUUCAUAUGAUUACCCUAUUACUGCUGAAGCUCAUACGCAGAUAUUCGAGCAAAAGUUGCUGCCACUGAUCCAAAGUCUAGGAGAGUCAUGGUCCGAAGAAGUUUUGAACCAAUACUAUAAUUCCAAUGUCUUUCGAAUGGAGGCACCACCAUUCUGGAGCAGACAGGAGCUGGCCGUUCCAUCGUUUGCCGGCAGAGUGCGCAAUCUCGAGUUCGUGAUUCCUUUCCUGGAAAACCAUGAUGUACGCAGUAGCGCGCGUGCUUUCACCCGACAUCGUGGCACCCUACUGCAGUAUCUUUUCAAGCUGCAGCAACCAAUCUCUUCUGCUAUACAGCGAAGCAUGGGAUUUAGUGUACCUCUGCAAAAUCCCCUUGCCCCUCCGAUCAACACAGACUGGUACACUCAAUUCACCAAUCUGGGGAAUCUAAAGAUCACUUUUAAGAAGAUACCGGGGGUCCUGAAUGCCCAGGAUUCCAACGAGUACGAUCUCAUGGGUUGUGCCUGGACUAUGAAGCUCCAUAACUUGCACUUCUCUUUGGUGGCUCCGGAUUUCCCAGAGUCGGUGACGGUUAGUUUCGAAAUUAACGAGUCGCACAGGUCGGAUUACGUUCGACAGGUGUUACAGCAGACCCAGAACGACUUCGCAGAUGUCAUUCUUGACAUCUUCAGUCGCUCUGAAGUAGUCAUACCGACUCAGAGUGGUGUUCCCGAGACGUGA